AUGUAUAGACCUACCACCCCCGCAACCCCGCCUGCAACUCCGGAAAUAAUUAAUCAUUUUCCAAACCAUGUCAAUUCUUUGAAAGAAGAAUGGGCCGUGUAUGCCCAAACUCACAUUACUGAUGCGGCCAAGCAGGCAGAGUGGAUUGCCCCAGACCAGUGGAGAGAGUACCUCAACGAGGUCUUCGACUACUUUGGUACUGGGGAGCCGGAGUCCAACGAUAACUACCCACUCCGCCAAUACAAAAACACAACCUCUUUCACCGCCGAUGGCUUUCCCAUCAUGACCACCACCCCCCUCAGCGAAGAGGAUAUUCUGGAACAGCUUGCCAAGCGUCAAGAUUUCAACAGUUGGAAGAUCCGCAAGGCUCUGAAGAUCCCCUCGAAACACGAAAAGAAGGCCGAGCAAUCUCAAGAAACCACUGAGGCUAUCUUUGAGUAUUCACAAGCUGUCAAAACCACCAUAUUUACUAUGGGGGGCAAGGACUUGGAACGUUUUACCGCACUUGGAAUGCCUGGUGUGCCCGAGGGGGUACACAUUAAGGCCUUUAAAUGCUGCGAAAAUCAUGAUCGAUUUUUUGUCCGGCCAGAAACGGCGAUGCAUGAGAAGUGGUGUCAUAAUGGUCAAGAUAAUUACCAGCAUCAGCGUUAUUAUGAGCGCAGGCGUUAA